AGAAUGUUAUACACGAAGCCUGAAAUUACCAAACCACCGAGGACUGUUGUUCUGAUGCUGACUUCUUGGCUUGCACCUAUUGUUUGGAAUGGCACCUACAACAGUGAUAUAUUGAAUGCUCAAUUCCAUCAGCGAAAAGUCCGCAUUGGACUCACAGUAUUUGCCAUUAAAAAAUAUGUAAUUUUUCUCAAAAACUUUAUUGAAUCAGCUGAAAAAUUCUUUAUAAUAGGACACAAGGUUCAUUACUAUAUUUUCACUGAUCGCACCCAAGACAUUUCCAAAUUUAGUCUUGGUGACGGGAGAAGCAUGGACAUCAUAGAAGUCAAAUCAUACCAAAGAUGGCAAGAUAUAACUAUGCGGAGAAUGGAAAUAAUCUGGAAUUAUUCCCUUCAACGUUUCAUCAACGAAGUAGAUUACUUAGUGUGUGCUGACGUGGACCUGAUUUUUUCAGAUCAUGUUGGAGUAGAGAUACUAAGUGAUGUUUUUGGAGUUAUUCAUCCAGGGUUUUUUGGAGCUUCCCGCAAAGAGUUCACACACGAACGCCGCCCUCAGUCUGAAGGAUAUAUUCCAUUUGACGAAGGAGAUUUUUACUACACAGGAUGCUACUUUGGGGGUAGAGUACAAGAGAUUUAUAAAUUGGCUAACUUUUGCAAUAAUGCCAUGCUGGCUGACAAAGCAAAUAAUAUAGAGGCCCUGUGGCAUGAUGAAAGCUAUUUAAACAAAUAUUUUCUUCACUACAAACCAACCAAACUUCUAUCUCCUGAGUAUGCGUGGAACUAUUAUUAUGGCUCUCCAACUCUUGUCCAGAGAAAGAGACUUGUCCAUGUUGAAAAAGACUUUAAAACAAUUCGGAGCAAAUGA